UUGCAGGUUUAAUGAGCUCUGUUAUUUGUGAUUCUACAUUGGUGAUUGGCUGAUAACUUCUGCUAUCCACAUUAUAAAGUGGUUUUUAGGAUCCAUUACUUUUCAUCUUCCUAGCUUGGGCGCAGUCUGCUGGAUGUUUGAAGUCUUGAUGGGUUAUCAUCUGAUUAUUCUCUUUCUACAAAUAAAUAACUAACAUUGAAUCUGGUCAUAAGUCAUUCUCUUGUUAACAGCCUGCAACUCCUCCAGUGAAUCUCUCUCAGCAACUUCGUCUCAUGGCAACCAUACUAGAAUCUUUAGUUGGAUCGUGUGCUAAGAAGUUGCAAGAUGUCAUUUCAGAGGAGGCCAUACUAAUUUUAGGUGUAAAUGAAGAGCUCACAGAACUGCAAAGAAGAAUGGAGCAAAUACGACACUUUGUUAAUGAUGCAGAGCAAAGGAGCACAAAAGAAUCAGCUGUUAAUAAUUGGCUCAAUCAGCUAAGAGAUGCCAUGUAUGACGCCGAUGAUGUUAUUGACUUGGCUAGAUCUAAAGGAAGCAAACUAUUGCCAGAUCAUUCUCUGUCAUUAUCAAGCAAAUCAAAUACAUGCACCGGCCUUUCCCUUUCCUCUUGCUUUUCUAAUAUCCAAACACGUCAUGAGGUUGCUGUUAAGAUUCGAAGCCUGAACAAAAGAAUAGAUAACAUUUCAAAGGAUAAAGUAUUUUCAUCACUGGCAAGUAGACAAUCUAUUGAAAAAGUUUCAGCACCGAAACACAUAAGAAGUUCCAACCUUGUUGAACCCAACCUUGUGGGUAAGGAGGUCAUACAUGCUUGCAGAAAACUAGUAGAUUUGCUACUUGAACAUAAGGAUAAGAGGUCUUACAAGAUUGCCAUUGUUGGAACAGGAGGAGUUGGUAAGACAACACUAGCACAGAAAAUUUACAAUGACCAAAAAAUAAACGGGUGCUUUGACAAACAAGCAUGGGUUUGUGUCUCCAAAGAUUACUCCGAGGUUACUAUUCUAAAGGAGAUUCUUCGGAAAUUUGAAGUAGUACAUGCAAGAUGAAUCGAUUGAUGAGCUCCAAAGCAGGCUAAAAUUAGCCAUCCAAGAGAAGAGCUUCUUUCUUGUGUUUGAUGAUGCGUGGCAGUCUGACAUUUGGGAAAAUUUACUGAGCACCCCAUUGCAUGUUGCAGCCACAGGGAUAAUUCUGUUGACAUCUUGACUCGACACUGUUGCUGUAGAAAUUGGAGUGGACCAUACACACCGAGUUGACU